CAGUGGAGACAUGAAGGGAGUGUGCCCACCCAGCAAGCCAGACAAAAACACUUCAGCAUGUUGAUCUGAUGUGAUCAGUAAGAUAGAGGGAACAAAAGUGGACAAAUAUGACUCCUGAAGUCUGGCCCUUCAGUGGGAAGUUUUCUAAUGGCUUCAUAGAUAAAUCGUGUUUCGUGUCAUCUUCCUGCAUUUUAACUUUUGGUAAACUUCGUAGAGCAAUACUGUAAAUAUACUGAAUGCAACAAAUGGGACAUUAGCAGUGUUUUCAGCAUCCUGUUUUGUAAGUUAGUCUUAAAGGUAUUGUAAGCUUGUGGUAAAUUGCAAAAAGGAAAGAUUUUAAGAAAUCACAAUUAGUUAUCUUUGUCCAGUAAAGUUUGUUUUUGCUGUCUUAGGUCUUUUCUAACUAAUCUAUAUUUUAGUUGUUUUGUAAUGAUUCUUAUGCAGUGACCAUAUUUAUAGUAAUACUUGUUCCACAUUGACCAAGGAAGGUUUAAACACAAUGAGUGACCUUAACCUCACUAAAAUUCGUCAUCAUUGUCCAACAGACUGUGUAGAAAGAACUAACCACAGCUGAUAUUUCUUUUUGUUCAAUACUUCCAAUAUUUUUAAUUUCUACUUCUUCUAUUAAUAAAAGGAAAACUGCACAUUAAAACAUAUAAACUGCCCUUUGAAGCAAAUCAAAUUAAUUUUAUUAAUAAUAAAUAAUAAUACAGCUGUAAUGCUUUCAAAUCCCUUCAAGUUAGAGUAAAAUUUCACCAAAUCUUUUUAGUCUUUUCUUAAAAAGAUUUGGUAGUUGUUUGAACUUGCUAGUCUCUCUAUUUGGACGUUUCCCAUAGUGCGCUAAAUGCUUUUUGACAUGUUCGUGCUGCCAAAAAUUGAACACAGCAAGAUGAAAUAGAGAUUUGACCGUGAGCGUUGCUCUGACUUGUCAAUCCUCGGACCACACCGUGCUAAGUCCUUCUGCGGUGAUGAUGACUAUUUUAACACAUAAGAUUAAAAAAGAAAAAGUUUAAAAAACAGUGCUACAACAUUCUGUAUGUAGCAUGUGUGCUUUAUGCUAACUGCCACUGUUAGUUAGCAUGCUAGCUAUCAUAGGAAUCAAGAGUGAAUUCUUCUCUUACUGUCUGGAAAUUGUUUGGUGGCCUCUCUGCUUCCUCUCUGUAGCCAAGAUGACAACCAUAGAUGGUCCAAGGGUUGGAGAGGCAAGUGGACUUCUCAGAUCUGGGCCCAGUGGGGGCGGUGAUGAAGACUCUUCCAUACGGCAUGGGCGGAGGCACCGUUGGAGGAGUAGUUAAGCCGCCGUACCAAACCAUCUUCUCCACACCGAUCGAUCAGACACCGGUGAAAUCCAAGCCACCCCCGUACAGUUCCUAUAGCCCUUAUGAGCUGGCCCGGAACCAGUCCCUGCUAGUGGAUCAGACAGGCUACCGCUCCAAGCGUAAACCUGCACUAAAGACAGCCAUGAAGACCAAGAAAAUCUUUGGCUGGGGGGACUUCUACUUCAAUGUCAAGACCGUGAAGUUCAGCCUGUUGGUGACAGGGAAGAUUGUGGACCACAUCAAUGGGACUUUUACUGUUUAUUUUCGCCACAACUCCUCCAGCCUGGGGAAUGUGUCGGUCAGUAUCGUGCCACCAACCAAAGUGGUUGAGUUUGAGGUCCUUCAGCAGCAUCAUCUGCACCCCCACACCCAGCAGGACGUCCAGAUCCAGGAGACACAGCAGUCCACCAUCGAUCCAAAAGAGGCAAAGACCUUAAACUGUCGGGUCGAGUACGAGAAAACCAACAGAUCCAAGAAAUCCAAACCCUGCCUGUAUGAUCCGUCUCAGACCUGCUUCACAGAGCACACCCAGUCCCACGCUGCUUGGCUUUGUGCUAAACCUUUCAAGGUGAUCUGCAUCUUCAUCUCUUUCUUCAGCAUUGAUUAUAAGCUGGUUCAGAAAGUGUGUCCAGACUACAACUUCCAAAGCGAUCACCCUUACUUUGGAUAAAGUAAACGAGACUAAAUAGAGAAUAAAAGAGACACUGAUGAGUAAAAUGAUAAUGAUGGAAAUGAUAGUCAUACUGAUCCUGUUAAAAAAAAGCAGGGGACAGUUUUUUUUGCCUCUAAACAGCUGUGAAUUGUGGAUUUAAAUCAUGUAUAUUCAGACUUAUGGAUGAUUAGGAUGUGGCUGAUUUCACUGACGUCUUUUCCAACUUUGUAUUUGUUCUGUUUUUCUUUGUUUUCUUUUGUUUUCUGUAAAUAUUGUACUCAACCCCAGCAGACUUAUUGUUUUUAGAUAUUUGUUUCUUAGUGUCAUUUCUUUCUGAAGUUGGAGGCUUGGUUACAAACAGCUGGAAUCAGUAUUAUGCCCUUCGAGUACAAAGUAAGCCUCUGAGGCAGCCGAACAGUGCCAUCGCUGUAUGGCAAACGUAAUGUUAUGGUAGACUGACUGUUAAUCAUCCUCUCAGCUCUACAUUUAAACCCUGGAUAUAAGAGAGUUAUAUGUAUGAGAAAUGCCAUGCUGGAUAUGCAUACAAUAUACUGUAUGAAAAAGCACAUUAAAAUCUCUUAAACUGUCUGCCUUUUACUGAGUGAAUGUUUUGGUUCAGAGCUUGAAGCAAAUUUGCAAGGCACAAGCUGUGCAGCGUUUUCAUGUUAUCUAACUCAGCAAGGACACUAUUAUGAAUUAAGCUACAUUUUACUCUGAUUAGGAAUUCAUGUUCCAGCUUUCAGCUAAGAUAUGUAAUUUUAAUUUUCUCAAAUAUAUCGAAGGAAAGUUUGUUAUGGAUUGAAUUUUAACAUGAAAACCAACCGUGAAACAUUCUUUAGAUGAUAAAGUUUGACUUUUUGAGGGAGUUGAUAUGUACAGUAAUAGAAUCCAGCAGCCUUAUCUGAUGUGAUUUUUAAUUACAUAUAUCCUGGAAAUGGAAAAGAAUAACUAUUGUACUGAAGGUAACAUGACUGACAGAUUUAUGUUUGUUUGAUCAUGCAACCAAAUAAAGUAUUGCACACCCGAGUAAACAUUUUUUAGUUGUGCUGAAACCAAAGGGUAUAUUGUAUUAUUUUAUAUGUAUAUUAUGCUGCCAAUGCUAUGAUCUUAACUACCUAAUAAUACUUAAUUGAUCAAGGUUUUUUAUGCUCAAAAUAUGAACUUAAAAGAAAAUAAAGUAGGACUGGCUCGCCACCAAAAGAGUAAUUAUUAAAACUGAUCGGGGGUUAUAACCGAAAGCAAGGAUCACCCCACCUGCCUCUCUCUUAAGCAAACCAAUCAAAUGCAGUUUGAACAACUAUUUAAGGCUGAUUCUUCGUUCUUCGCAAACUCUCAGCUCAAAGUCAUUUGGGUCCACACACCUUUGAUUCGGAAAUAUUGGUGCACAGAAUUUCAUUAGAAAACACAUAUUCAGUGUUAAUUAAAUCUUUACCUUCUCUGCCUCAGUAUCUUAUGGUCAUGAUGAUUUAAACUGAAAUGGAACCUUACACAAGUUGCUAUGGACAAAUGUAGGAGUUGGUGAACUUCCCUUCUUUUUAGACAGAAGCUUAGUGAAGAGUUGUUAAAAAAGUGCUCGGGAUUACUCACAACUAUAUGUAAGUGUACGUAUGAGUGCAUGUUUGUGACUGGGUGUAGAUGCAUGUGAAAGCUACAGUAAGGUCCAUAAGUGUUCUGUUAAUGAGGCUUUUCUGUGUAAUUUUCUCUGUGUAUACCAUCACUGUGGAUUAUAAAGCAAACAAUCGAUACGUCUUUGAAAUGCUGACUUUCCACUUUUAUUUAAACAGCUUAGAAAAAGAAUUGCUUUAACUAUUAAUGAAAGAUUUUUUUGCAUACUAGUCUCCCAUUUUCAGCAGUAACUGGACAAAAUUCCCCUCACAUAAUUUUUAAUAUAAGGAUUGCUGUCAAAGACAGUAUGAAACCUAGAACCCAACAAUACAUGCUGUGUUCCCAUGCUCUGUUGGCUUGAAAUCAGGUGACUAACUUAAAGAAUAUCGCAUUGCUGGCAGACUCUGGACAGAGUCUUUUAGAUGUUUUAUGGCAAAGUUUUCUGUGCUCUUCUCGGUCUUUUGGUGUUUCAAAUGUAGCCAAUUUCUUUUUAAAAUGAACUAUAUUGUAGAUUUAGACACUUCUGAAGGUUUUUCUAUCUCUCUGAUAUUUAUUUUGUUUUUUCAAACCAACCACUUAUUCAAAAUCUCUUUUAACCUUGUAUUGAAAGUUCCUGUUAACAGCCAGAUGCAAGUUGAACACUUGGAAUCACCUCUGGAUUUUUUUUUUCAUUUUUUAAUUUGGAGUUGAUUUUAAUUUUGUCAUGAAAUAAUGAAGGAAUUGGUCUCACCUGGCCAUGAAGCUGCUUAUCAGUCAACUGUCCGAUUCCUUUCAAGCCUCAGAGGCCUGUUUAUAAAAACAGAUGUAAUUUUUAAACUGUCAGUGAAAUACUUUUGUUAAACCUUAUUAAUUAAAGCUGAAAGUCUGCAUUUUACUGCCCUAUUUGAAAUAAAAUCCACAGUGGUGUUGCAUACAAUAGCAAUAAAAUGUAGAAAAAAGUGUCAUUGCCCCAAAACUUAUAAACCUAACUGUAUGUGUCUAUGUUUGUCCAGGAAUGUCAUAGGAAUUGAGUUUUAGUAAAAUAAAUAAUAAAUUA